AUGGCCUUCUCCGCUGCCCUGCUUCUCAGAGUGGUCUCCUCCACGCGAUCAAUCGCCUCCCGUGCCCUUGGCUGCCGUCGGGGCCACGACUCCGCCUUCCUCCGGGCCCUGGGUGGGGGCAUGAACAGAGUCGCCUCUUCCUCCUCGCCUUGUGGAGAGGCCCCUGACCGCGGGACUUGCAGUUCUUUUGCGACUUGCCCCUUCUCGACGCAGGCGCAGAAGGUGGGAUUCGCCGCCGACUCAAGCAUCCUGAAGGUCCUCGACGCGGAGAUCAAGUGCGCGGAGGAGUGCGACGAUCACGAUCGGGUGAACUCUCCGUUCGCAUUGGAUUCCUCCCCUUAUUUUGUUAUUUGGAUCAUAACAUGCUCAUCUCAUUCACUGUUAGUGGAAACUAUUUUUCUCCAAAUUGGUACCGGUGAGGUAUGUGUAGUGGAUUAUUGCUGUUCCUUGUUACUGUUCUUGUAUGUGACAGGAGUUGGAUAUCACCAAGCGCCAUCGUCCUUUACGUAAUUAUGCCUUAUGUCAUUGGUAUGCUGAUGUCCGUCGGAAUGCCUGUGGCGCAUGGGCGCUAGACCAUAUAAUCUCUACGUAACGCUCUUAUGCUCCGUCAUACAACUUUGUAGUACGCAGGGCGAUUUGCACUUUUCUUUGUUGCGGCUAGUCGGAAGAUUAAGUAAAUAUGUGGCAUCGUGUCGACGUGAUCUUGAUUUCUGUGUUGUAUGCAGAUACUUCUAAAUGAUUUACUUUCAUCAGUUUCAAAGUUCUUGCAUGAUCUUUGCCCUCUUUUAAGACGGGAUUUUUUUAUUUAUUUAACGAUACUUCAUUUCAUUAGGAUUUGCAGUAGACCAGUUGUCAUACUAGCUUAGCCAAUUUAUCCUUAUUGUUAAUGGCUCCAUUUCUUGACGAGUUUUUUUCCUUUUCUGGUUAUCUAAGAAGUUCUUACCUACGCCAGCAAUGAAGAUCGUGAAACAUAUUAAACAACCUACUCUCCUAUAAUGGGUUUGGAUUUUAUCUUAAAGGGGCUGUUACUCGACCACCCUGUCCUUAUUAUCAGCCUAUGUUUUCCAUCCCUCUUGUCUCUUCUUUUAAAACUGUACGGUUUUGAGCGAGUUAAUUGGCUUGUUCAUGAUUCUUGGAUGCCUGACCUUAGAAAUCUCUUCUGACAUCUGCCUCUUGAACUAUAUAAAUCGUUUCGGUAAAUUGGGUAUCAUUUUCGCUCAUCAGGGAGACAGAUAUUGGGUGGAGAUUUUGUGCUUUCUUCUGCAUGGUAGGAUCUGCUCCCAGACGUCUCUUGAAUUGUUAUUACCUUUGUUUUCUUUUUUUUCCCACUUGAUCUUCUUACCAUAUUAUGCAGCUAAUCCAUUUUUUUCUUUUUCAAAGGACAAAGGCCCCUUCCGUAUUGAAAAUCCUUUUCUGAUACCUAUUUGACCGCUCUUUACUUAUCGAUUUGCAUAUCUUGCCUAUGGUGAUAAACUUGAGAGGCCUAUUCUGAAUCACCGACGUGAAAGCUUGUGUAGUUUAUCUGCAUUUCAAACCGUGAUCUUAAUGUGAUUUCCCACCCUGUAUGUAUGCUUUUGUGUAGUUUACCAUACGUAUUCUUUUGUUGAGAAGAUGUCGAUCUCUGUGCACAGAAAGAUGAUGACCCCCCCCUUUCAUCCCCCAUUUGCCCUGCAGAAGGAUGAAAUUCCGGAUCGUUUCCCUUUCGAGGUCAAGGACGCCCCGGGCUCGACCACCAUUGCCCUCAGCAGAGAUUAUCAUGGCGAGACCGUCAAGGUCAUCGUCUCCAUGCCAAACCUCGUCACUGGCGAUGGCGAUGACGAUGCAGGCAGGGACCGGCAGGGCAGCUCCCAGUCGUGCCUGCCGCUGCUCGUCACCGUCUCCAAAGGAGACGGCACCUCGCUGGAGUUUGGCUGCACCGCCUACCCCGACGAGGUCUGCAUCGACAGCAUGGUCGUCAGGGAAGCCCGGCUGGCAGAUGAAGAGCUGGCCUAUGAAGGGCCCGAUUUCCAGUAAGCCGCGUCCUCUGAUGUGAUGAUGUCUCCUCGCCACCAUUAUCUAUCUUACUUACUUUAUCAGCUUCCUUACACUCUGAUCUGCCAUCUCCCAGUGAUCUCGAUGAGAACCUUCAGAAGGCCUUCCACAAGUACCUGGAGAUCCGAGGCAUCUCGCCCAGCACGACGAAUUAUCUGCACGAGUACAUGAUCAACAAGGACAGCCGCGAGUACCUGGUGUGGCUGAGGAAUAUGAAGCAGUUCAUCCAGGAGUGA